AUGAACCCGAGUCGACCGCCAUAUUUCUCGCCCAAGCGCAAGCGAGAGUCUUCCGAAUCAGACUGCUACAGCUCAUCAGCAUCGCCAACAUCCACAGUCUCGAUCGUUAGCUUCCAGGAAGCUCGACUUCGCGAGGACGAAGUGGGGCGACAUAGUCCUCGCGCGGCGGUGGCUGGGCGUUUUGGAGAAUUAGCCAUUCGUGGAGAGCUUCUCUCCGACUCAGGUCUCUCGACCAGCGAUUUCCAGCGUCAACGAGUGGCCCUGCCCUCACAAAAGCGAUGUGUCGCUGACCCUUGCCGCGACUCCGAGAUCAUGGCUGAGGGUGCACCGACCCUCAGUACCGAGUCCAAUAAUGAAAGUCACGCCCUGUCCUCUGAGCCGCCCGCGAAAGGCCCUAAUGACCAUACGACUGCCUUGAAUACGUCUCCUUCAAAGAGAAAGGCCGCACCGCCCUCUCGCAAGCAGCAGACUCUCACAUCACCGUCCAAGAUACGCAAGACACGACCUUCACCACCUCUUACAGACACCCCGUCAGAGGAUCCUCUUACUUGGCAUGAUUCUGAGAUAACGGGUCACAACCCCACAGACCCAACUGAUGACGGCUACGGAAUUAACGGGGUUGGAUUUAAACCUACCGCGACGAUUGCUUGGGCGAGGUCUCAAAAACGACAGAAGCAAGUCGCCGAGUGGAAGACCCGCGAAGCUCGGGAGGCCCGUGAGAAGCGAAGAGAAAAGAGGGGGAAGGUGUCGGCUUGGACAAUACGCGCAGCAUUGACAAGGGCGCGCUUCAAAAACGAGUCAAAUUUGACGUAUAAGCCAGACACAUACACGUUACGAUUCCCAGAACAGCAGUCUUAUUCGGUGUUUUUCCUGUGA